AUGGGUAACGCCCUUGGAUUUCUCUACGGAAAAUGCUGCAAACCCACAACGACCGAUGAUUCUCUCGGUCCUCAUGGCGUCUCCGCCGCAACCGUCGGUGUUUCAGCUCUCGCUCACGAUCUCUUCAACUUCGAGAUCACUUCCAAGGUUCCUGAAGGGCUUGGGAGAUAUGUUGUUUCGUCUAGAAAAGCUCAAGCAAAUUGGUAUAGAAAAAUACUUGUGGCAUGGAAGCAAGCGAAACCUCCACCACAGACGGCAGAGGAAGCUUCUAGGCUUGUUACUGAGAUCUUGAAAAGGAAUCAGAAAGCAGAUGUUGAGGGACUUUUGUCUUUCUAUGGACUUCCUUUGCCUCAUACUCUGGUUGAGGUCUCUACUGAAGCUCCUGUGUCUUUACCUGAAGGGGUUCUUUUUGAAUUUCAAACGCUUCCGGUGGAUCCAAAGGCUGUGGCAGAUGGAGACACCAUCACAGUGUAUGUCAGUACUUCAGAACCGGUCGUGUCAUCUUCUGUUCCAAAGGAAGUAAAGGUUGCAGCAGUUCAAAGAGCAAAAGCACGUGAAACGAGGAAUUACACAAGAGCAGAUGAACUUCACCAGAAGAUCAUCGAUUCUGGUUACAGGGUGCUAAAUAUUGAGAAUGAGGAAGUGCUUGCUAAGAAAUUCAGGAUUAGACUAAGGGGAAUAGAUGCACCAGAGAGCCAAAUGCCGUUUGGGAAAGAGGCACAAGAAGGGCUCCUUAAGAUUGUUCAGUGGAAAAGCUUGAAAGUGUUAGUUUAUGGAGAAGAUCAAUAUGGACGAUGCGUAGGAGAUUUAUACUGCAAUGGGAUUUUUGUUCAGGAGGCAAUGCUAAAGAAAGGUCUUGCUUGGCAUUACAUAGCUUAUGAUAAGCGCAUGGUUCUCGCAAAGUGGGAAAAAGAGGCGAGACAGAAACGUAUUGGCUUGUGGGCUUCCUCAAAUCCAGAGAAGCCAUGGGACUGGAGAAAGAAUAGACGCGUGUAA